AGCGGGAGAUCUCAGCGCUGCCUGCCCCUGCGACGAGUGGUGGUGCUGAAACAGCCCUUGCCGGGAGGACCUGAGCGAGGAAGAGAGAGAGAGAAAGCGAAGGAGAAAAUAAGAGAGAAGGCAAGGUCGACAGGACUCGGAGUCCAGAGGCAGAGCGAAGCGAGACCGAGGCAGAGCAGCGACCGGCCCCGACCAGCCGGAAAGACGCGCCCCUGCGAGGCAGAGCGAGUUCGAGGGACCGCUGGCGAGUCGCCCGGAGCCGCCGCGGCGAGGCGAGGGCAGGGCAGCAGCGCCGACGGCCGCCGAGCCACGUUGGAAGACCAAGGGAUCAUCGAAGGAGCCGCCGCUGCCGCGUCCUCGGUGAUCUUGCGGAUCAGCGUCCCGUCCGCGCGCCAGCCCUCCAGGAGGAACAGGAGCGUCGCCCGCCGAAGGUCGCAGCCGCGGAGGAGGAAGGAAGGAGGAGGAGAACAGGAAGAGGAGGAGGAAGACGAAGAGAAGAGGGACGAGGAGGAGGAGGAGGAGGACCGCCGCCAGCGGCACCGCCACCACCACCGCCAGCGCCGCCUCCUGAUCAACUGCGAGGAGGAAGGGGACGACGAGAAGAGGAAGCUCAAGAGGAAGAAGCGGAAGGAAGAAGGCGACAACCGUCACUUCCUAAGGGUCAAGAAGAGGGAAGAGGAGGCGCGCAGCGAGGAGGAGAAGAGCCGUGCGAGCGAGGACGAGAGCCAGUCGCAGAGCCUCCCGAACAAGGCCAGGAAGAAGAAGGCCAAGAAGCGGGAGCCCCCCACCGCCGCCCCCCGCGCCCCCUCAGCCGCCACCACCACCACCGCCGUCAGCGCCUCCGCCAAGAGCGCCUCGAGGUCGACCUCCAAGCGAGCGGCGGCGUCCCUCCGGCUUCUCAUCGAGGGGUUCAGCAAAAUCACCGUGGUGGAGGUGAAGCUAGGCAAAGUCAGCAAAAUUGGCGAGGCGACGACCACCCUGCCAGACGCACCUAUGCCUCUUCUGAGUCCGCGGCCGAGUCCAAAGAUGGCCACGCCCAGCAACUCCAGCCUCUUCUACACGGUCGAGGUCGGGGACACGCGUUUCACCAUCCUCAGGAGGUACACCAACCUCAAGCCCAUCGGCUCGGGGGCUCAGGGCAUAGUCUGCGCGGCAUACGAUUCUGUGACCCAGCAGAAUGUGGCCAUCAAGAAACUGUCGCGGCCCUUCCAGAACGUCACACAUGCGAAAAGGGCAUACAGGGAGUUCAAACUCAUGAAGCUCGUCAACCAUAAGAAUAUCAUCGGAUUGCUGAACGCCUUCACGCCACAGAAGUCGCUGGAGGAGUUCCAGGAUGUCUACCUGGUGAUGGAGCUCAUGGACGCCAACCUGUGCCAGGUCAUACAGAUGGACCUGGACCACGAGCGCAUGUCCUACCUCCUCUACCAGAUGCUGUGCGGGAUAAAACACUUACACUCGGCCGGCAUUAUCCAUAGGGACCUGAAGCCUAGUAAUAUCGUGGUAAAAUCAGACUGUACACUCAAGAUCCUAGACUUUGGUUUAGCACGGACAGCUGGUACCACAUUUAUGAUGACUCCCUAUGUUGUUACUAGAUACUACAGGGCACCAGAGGUAAUUCUAGGUAUGGGCUAUACAGAGAACGUGGACAUAUGGUCGGUCGGCUGCAUAAUGGGCGAGAUGAUUCGAGGAGGUGUCCUGUUCCCAGGGACGGAUCACAUUGACCAGUGGAAUAAGAUUAUUGAGCAACUGGGCACUCCCUCGCAAGAGUUCAUGUCGAGGUUACAGCCAACCGUUCGCAACUAUGUGGAAAACCGUCCCCGCUACCCUGGCUAUUCCUUCGACCGCUUGUUCCCCGACGUGCUGUUCCCGGCCGAGUCCACGGACCAUAACAGACUCAAAGGUGAGGAGGAGAGCGACAGGUACUGGCCCAGGCAACACAGCUAUUAUUGGAUCAAAGCGAGUCAAGCACGAGACCUGCUAUCAAGGAUGCUUGUGAUAGACCCCGAGCGAAGGAUAAGUGUAGACGACGCGUUAAUGCAUCCCUAUAUUAAUGUGUGGUAUGAUGAAACUGAAGUCAAUGCUCCUGCCCCAGGCCCCUACGACCACAGUGUGGAUGACCGCGAGCACACUGUGGACCAGUGGAAAGAGCUCAUCUACAAGGAGGUGAUGGAAUAUGAAAUGGUCCACAACUCCCCGGGUGGGGCAGGGGCUGGGGCAAGGGGCCCCGCACCCACCCAUGGUCAUGCCCCCCCGGCGGCCACCAAUGCGGCUGCCGAUGGGGACCAGGACCAGCAUCGCCCAAACCACAGAUAGGGCUGCCCUCAACCCUCUUAGCAGUCCCUCCGCCCCAAGCCUGCCUCCCAGCCACCUCCUUGGUUUGCGCACGGCUCACGCGCAGAGUCCCUCGGCCAGGAUGCUGGGGCCCACACACACGGGAGUGAACCCUCGA